AUGGGUCUUUGCCAUGAUCAAUUGUACAAUGCUGAUGAGUCUGGCUUAUUUUGGAAAAUUUUGCCAGAAAAGUCUUACGUAUCAAGUGCCGAAAAAACUGCUCCGGGCGUAAAGACAGAAAAACAACGCGUUACUUUUUUAUGUUGUGCUAAUGCUUCCGGAAAUCAUAAGCUUAAAUUGUUGGUGAUUGGGAAAGCAAAAAAUCCACGCAUUUUCAAAAACUUUAACUGCCCAACUGAGUACAAGAGUUCCAAGUCCUCAUGGAUGACAUCAGCUAUUUUCUACGAUUGGUUUCACAAAUCCUUUGUGCUACAGGUAAUAGAUUUUCUUUUGAAAAAGGACUUGCCAGUUAAAGCGCUCCUUCUGAUAGACAAUGCUCCAUCUCAUCCAAGUGAAUUAGAGCUUAAAACAGAAGAUGGAAACAUAGUUGCAAUGUUCUUUCCUCCGAAUCUAACCCCACUUAUCCAACCAAUGGAUCAAAACGCAAUUAAAAUAACGAAGCUGUAUUAUAGAAACAGUCUUCUAGCCAUGGUAACAGCAAAAAAAUCAGAUCUAGUAGAUUAUAUGAAAGCUGUUACAUUAAGGGAUUGUGUAUGCUUUUAG